AUGGCACCAAAAUCCUCUUCCCCGGCCAAGAAGGCCACCGCCUGUGCUUGCAGCCACAAGAGCUGCUGCAGCAGUCUCACCACCUUCUUCAAGUGGUUCGCCAUCCUCUUCGCCGUCCUCGCUCCCAUCUUCUACGUCCUCGACCAAAACGUCGACAAGUUCUACGUCUUCAACCUCCCCCAGCUCGAUGCCGUCACCAAGGCCGCCAUCAACGCCCACCCCGGCGACACCAAGGCCAUGGUCAAGUACAUCGUCGACGAGCUCAAGGCCGACGUGACCGUCAGCCGCUACGUCAACACCGAUGAGCAGUGGGUAUUCAACAACGCCGGCGGCGCCAUGGGAGCCAUGUACAUCAUCCAUGCCAGUUUCACCGAAUACCUCAUCAUCUUCGGCACCGCCAUCGGCACAGAAGGCCACACGGGCCGCCACACCGCCGACGACUACUUCCACAUCCUCACCGGCACCCAAACCGCCUACGUCCCCGGCGAGUACGAGCCCGAGGUCUACCCCCCGGGAACCAUCCACCACCUCCGCCGCGGCGACGUCAAGCAGUACCGCAUGCCCGAGUCCUGCUUCGCCCUCGAGUACGCGCGCGGGUGGAUCCCCCCCAUGCUCUUUUUCGGCUUCGCCGACGGUCUCUCCAGCACGCUGGACUUCCCCACCUUGUGGAGGACGACGUAUCUUACUGCUGAGCAGAUGUUGGGGAAUCUUGUCAAGGGCAAGUUUUAA